AUGCCGCUACCGGAACACGGGCUCGUCUGCGGGGGCUGCGGCCAGCCCUCGACGCUGAAGCGCACGACGGAUAACAACCCCAACGGCAACAUCCAGCGGCCUUAUUACAAAUGCACGCCGUGCGACAGCUGGUUCACGUGGGCUGAUGUCGUCGGCGUCGAUGAGGGCAACGCCCCAUGCUACUGCAAUACGCCCAGCCGCGUCAACGUCACCGGCGUCAACGCUCGCUCCGGGCCCGGCAGGCGGUACCGGAGUUGCGCCACAGGGCGGUGUGGAUAUUGGUCGUGGGACAGUUGA